UGUAGAAUGGAGCCUGUCAAUAAUUGCUCGAAUAAUAAAAAAAAAUUGUCUAAUCGUAAUUGUUGUGUUGUGGGUUGUGAAAGUGUCGAACGAAGAAACGAAAAAGUGCAUUUUUAUUCUUUUCCGAACCGUCCAUGGGAAUUGGAACGAAAGAAUAAGUGGAUCAAAGCUGUCCGUCGUACGAACCCAGGAGGAAAACCAUCGCAGCCUACUGCCAAUUCCAGAAUUUACAGUUUACAUUUUCGUGGAGGUGAAAAAUCCAGUAAUCCUUUGAACGAGGCGUACAAUCCGACACUUUUCCCUCCUGUUUAUAAAAAAAAAAACUCCGGAUUCGAAAUGAACAGAGAGGUCUUUGCAUAGGAGGAAUCGAGUAGAUGCCAAUGCGUCAGUCGACAAUUCUUGUAAAGAUGCAGAUGGAGGAAUACUCGAAGUAGAUGAGACGACAGUUGACAAACCUCCACAAUGUCAUGAAAUGACUGUUCAAAUCGACCCUAUAUUGGACGAUGAGGAAUCAGCAACCAGUUCAGGCUUAUCAACAUUGUAUUGUUGGCAAGAUAGUGCAACGAUGGAAGUUUCUACUCAAGUAGACAUUGUUGUGGCGACAAAAUCCAAGGAAAGAAUGACAAUUCUUAUACCUAAAAAAAGUCGGACCAUCCGAGUUGAUCCAGACUGUCCACCGAAAAUCGGAUUCUUAGGAUUCGAGGAUAUUAAAGAUGAUACGACAAUGAAGCAACUCGGAGGAAUCACAUUAUCAUUUUUCUAUAUUUUACUCCCAUUUAUCCGGCCAAAGGAAAUGGCACAACCGGCUUAUUAUAGAACUCUAGAUGCACCAAAUAGACUGCUCUUAUUUCUAAUGAAAAUGAAGCUUGGAUUAAACUUUGGAGCAAUUGGGUGCUUUUUUAAAGUUUCAAAAACUAGUGCUUCAAAGAUAUUUCAUAAUGUACUAGAAACGCUGUAUGAAAAGACAAAGACGUGGAUUUUCUGGCCAUCCAGAGAAGCAGUUAAAGAAACGAUGCCUUCAGCAUUUACAAAUUAUCCACAAUGUCGGGCUAUUAUAGAUUGCACUGAACUCCCCUCUGACACUCCACCAACUGUCGAGCAACGAGUACAAAUGUAUUCAUCCUAUAAAUCUGGCUUCACUGUAAGAUUUCUAAUUGGCAUCAGUCCCUCAGGGAUGAUUACUUCCAUUUCAAAGGCCUAUGGCGGUAGACCCACUGAUGGAUUUAUUGUAAAUCAUUCUGGAUUCAUAGCACUGGUGGAGCCCGAUGAUGAAAUAAUGGCAUAUAAGGGAUUUCCUCAAAUCAAGACUGCCCUCUUGGAACGUCAAUAUGUGCUGGUUAUACCACCGUUUGCUACGAAUCCACAAUUUACAGUGGAGGAGGUCCGAGAAGCCUAUUCUAUAGCUUCAGUGAGAAUCCACGUAGAACGAGCCAUCCAACGCGUGAAAAUUUUCGGAAUUUUGCGACACAUUUCUAUUGAAUUGUUAAAUUACAUUGAUAAAGUUAUGUACGUGGCUUGUGUCCUUGGGAAUAAUAAAGAGCCACUCAUUCGUAUUGAAGAUGAAAGCUCUUAAAGAAUGCAAAAAUUGGUCUCGUAUAUCCAGCAAAGUAACGUAAAUUUUAUUUUUAUAAAAUUGUAACAAAUAUGACCAAUAUA